CGUUUGGUUGACAUUUUCCUUUCUUAUAACAUGUUGAGUAAUUGUUUUACUUCUUCCCGUUGAGAUAUUUCUCAGCUGCAUGUAAGAAAGAAUCCUGUCUGUGGUUUCCCAUCAGUGCAUUUACCUCUUUGUUCUACAACGUGGGAGUUAGGGGGUGGGAAUAAACUUGUGAGUGUUUUCAAUUGCUCUUGUUCUUCAUAGCAUACUGCGGAAGGGCCUUGAGUUAAGAGUUGAUUCUUCUUUUGAGGCACUUAUUUUUCCAAUUACUUGGUUUUGUAUUUGACUGUUUCUCUUAGAGAACAUUUUGUUACCUGCUCAGUUUGUAACUGGCUAGAAUGUUCCAAAGUCAGUGGUCUAGAGCCCUGGGUGAGGAGUUUGGGUCAUGCUUUAAGUCACCACCACUGCUCUUAGGGGCAAAAAAUCUUUAGAACUUGGAGUGCUGCCUUUCCCAUAUGGAGAGCACAAGAACCUUGAUGAGAAUCCUACCAGAAUGCAAUUCUGCUUCUUGGAAAUUAAGAUGCAAUGGAUCAGCUCGAGCAGAGGGUCAAUGAAUUUUUUAUGAACGCAAAGAAAAACAAACCUGAAUGGAGAGAAGAACAGAUGACAUCAAUCAAAAAAGAUUAUUACAAGGCUUUGGAAGAUGCAGAUGAGAAAGUACAGCUGGCUAAUCAAAUAUAUGAUUUGGUAGAUCGUCACUUGAGAAAACUGGAUCAGGAACUUGCGAAAUUUAAAAUGGAACUUGAAGCAGACAAUGCUGGAAUCACAGAAAUAUUAGAGAGACGAUCCCUGGAGCUGGAUACACCAUCUCAGCCUGUGAAUAACCAUCACGCCCAUUCACACACUCCAGUAGAGAAAAGGAAACACAAUCCAUCGUCUCACCACGGUGCAGCAGAUCAUGUUCCCGAGAAGAAGUUUAAAUCUGAAGCUCUUCUAUCUACCCUUACUUCAGAUGCCUCUAAAGAAAAUACACCAGGGUGUCGAAACAAUAAUUCAUCAUCCUCUUCAAACAAUGCAUACAAUACAAACUCUUCUCAACCAUUGGCAUCAUAUAACCUCGGCUCAUUAUCUUCAGGAUCUGGGGCCGGUGCUAUUACCAUGGCAGCAGCUCAAGCAGUGCAAGCCACAGCACAGAUGAAGGAAGGAAGAAGAACAUCCAGUUUAAAAGCCAGCUACGAAGCAUUUAAGAACAAUGAUUUUCAACUUGGAAGAGAGUUUUCAUUAUCUAGAGAUUCAACUGGGUAUUCAUCAUCAGCUCUGGCAUCUACAUUAACACAAACAUUAAGUUCAUCAAGCACAGAUUCACGAAGUGGCAGAAAAAGCAAAAACAACAACAAAUCCUCAAGUCAACAGUCGUCAUCAUCUUCCUCUUCAUCCUCUCUGUCAUCAUGUUCUUCCUCAUCUGCACUGGCACAAGAAUUGUCCCAGCAAACAGCAGUAAUACCAGAGUCUGAUUCCAAUAGCCAGGUUGACUGGACCUAUGAUCCAAAUGAGCCACGUUACUGCAUCUGUAAUCAGGUGUCCUAUGGUGAGAUGGUUGGCUGUGAUAACCAAGAUUGUCCCAUUGAAUGGUUCCAUUAUGGAUGUGUUGGACUGACAGAAGCACCAAAAGGGAAAUGGUACUGUCCACAGUGUACAGCUGCAAUGAAGAGGAGAGGCAGCAGACAUAAAUAAAUAUCUUCAUCUGGAAAACAAAUUGCUUACUAAAGGUUUUAUGGGGGACUUACGUGGGGGGAGGAACCCUCACCACACUUCCUCGCAACCACUUAAAGAAGGGUUAACAUAGCAGUCAUAAGAUCUUGAGCUAUUGGUUGGUUUUGCUGGUCGUGUUUUAAUAUUGUAUGUAAGCUGUUUAUGCACAUUGAUGUGCUGCAGAUACUAUUCCAGCAAGCCUUGGAUUGUUCCAGUGGCCAACAUAUGCAGAUAUUUGUACUAUCAAACCAUUUUCUCUAAGCAGUGGGCAUUCUACAAUUAUUCAGUCUUCAGAAAAUUCUGAUAAGUCAAGAUUUUAAAUGUAUGUUUUAUAUUCAACAGAUAUAUUCUGCUGCAUGUACUGUAUUCAAGAGCUGUUAUGUAACACUAUGUAUAUAAAUGGUGCAAAAAGUCAGUGCUUCUUAAAAAAAAAAAUGAUUUUUAAAAUGCCUUUAUAGCUUUGGUUCUUUAUGAAAAUUAAUUCAGCAGGCUGAAGAAAAUGGUUCUUGUAUACAGCGGGCUGUUGUCCUCUAGGGUACUUGAGUAUGUAAAAACAAAAAAAAAAAAGCUGUAGAAUAAAACAAACUUGUGCCAUUAGUCUAUGUUUCUGCUCCAGACAAGGUGCAGACCAUAAGAAAGAAAAAGGUGUUAAAGUGAUGAUAAAUUUUUAUACCAAAUGUGUUUAUUUUUUUGUGCAAGUAAUCCUUUAAAUUUGAAUUGUAUUAGGUGUUAAAAUAAAACAACCUCAACUCCUUGA